GCUCUCAGUCCAGCGGUGCGCAGUCGGUUCCUGAUGGUCUGUGUGGUUACCCUCCCUCCCAGGAGCACCCUGCUGGUGAAAGUUGCUGUCGUAAAGCGGUCACGGAGAUGACGUAAACGGAUGUACCGGUCCUCCCUCUGUGACGUCAUACGCCGAGGACCUGGUCAGGGGCGAUCUGCAACUGACCCAGUUUGAUGAUGACGGGUCCUCAGGUUAUUUAUUGUUUGUCUGCUGCAACCAAACGCACGUGCAACGACCGUCACGGACUGCCCUCCGUCUAGACGCUCUAUGGCGCGAUUUCGUUCUUCAUUUGACAGUCUCGGCAUUUCCAAUAACAACAAAUUCAGUAGCGAAAGUGUGUUUUUCCAAGUGAUGUGACAACAGGCUACAAGUUUCAAUCGAUGUGGGACGCGAAAUGCAAUUCGUGCCAAUUCUGCACGUGCAAAACAUGAUUUCCAUCAAUUUGACCCUGCACAUGCGCUCACGUGUUUCGCAAGCAAUCUGAUCAGCUUGUUGGCAAGCUAGUGUCAAGGAUUGUUAAGAUGUCGUCACCAAACCUGAACAACAUCACGUUGGUUGGAUGUUUUGUUCUUUACGGCUCAGUGUUCCUGGAGAGCACCACUUCUGCUGUGCCAUUCUGUCAGGCAAAAAUCGUGUCCAUAGCUGUUGGCUUCUCAUUGGCUUUUGGUGGCUUGUUUGCGAAAACGUGGCGCGUGUAUCUUAUAUUCACAAAUGGCGCAAAGCAAAAGAAGAUUGUCAAGGAUUCACAGCUCUUUCUGAUGGUUUCUAUGCUGAUCACUAUUAACAUAAGCAUCAUCAUCAUCUGGUUUAUGAUAGACCCCCUAGAUGUCACCAUUGAAAACCUUCCAACAGAGUUCAACCAUAUAGAUGACAUCGAAGUUCACAAGGACAUAGUAAACUGUACAUCAUCCAACCAGAUAUAUUUCAUGGGCACCCUGUUCGGGGUUCAAGGCAUAAUCCUGUUGUUUGGUGUUUUUCUGUCAUUACAGACACGAAAGGUGACCGUGGAUGGUCUGAACGACUCCAAGAUGAUUGGUGUCUGCAUCUACAACGUCGUCGUCCUCAGCUUCCUCGGCGUCAUGGUCUCCUUGACGCUCAAAUCCAACGUCGACCUCCACUAUGGCAUCAUCUCAUGUAUCAUCAUCCUGGCAACAACAGUCACACAGUGUCUUAUCAUUAUACCUAAGAUAAAAGGCCACUUCAACAACAGUUCUCGUGUUGGAAACAACGAAGCUACCACCAUCAGGACCGUGACGAGAUUCACAAGGGCGGAACCAACGGCGUAAACAGAACACUGUUUAUCAUCUCUACUUAAGGUUCAUCAUCUCAGAUAAUAUCUGCUGAGAAUGAAUUAUCUUAGAUCAUCUCUAUUAAAAAUGGAUCAUUUUGAACAAUCUUCUCUACUCAAGGUAGAAUCGUGCAGAUUCACAAUCUUCUCUACUCAAGGUGGACCAUCCUCGACAGACUUCCCUAUUCAAGGUGUAUCAUUUUAGAUAAUCUCUAUUCAAGGUGGAUCGUGUUAUAUAGUCUGUAUUGAAUUUGGAUAAUUUUGGACAGUCCUUUCUAUUCUUCUCAACUUAAGUGGAUCCUCAUGAACAAUCUUCUCUACUCAAUAUCGAUCAUCAUGGAGAAGAUGAGUCAGCUUGGACAAUCUUCUCUACUCAAGGUAGAUAUCUUGGAUAAUCUUCUUUACUCAAAGUUGAUCAUCUUGGACAAUCUUCUGUACUCAAGGUAGAUAUCUUGGACAAUCUUUUGUACUCAAGGUAGAUAUCUUGAACAAUCUUCUUUACUCAAGGUUGAUCAUCUUUGACAAUCUUCUUUACUCAAGGUUGAUCAUCGUGGACAAUUGUCUGUUUCUUGGGUUCUCGUAACCGCCUUCCUGUCUCAACUUCCUCCACAGGUCCAGUCUGUGUGUACUUUACUGCAGCCGCCCGAUAUCCUCGUCCUCUGCCGCUGAUAAAUCUGGUCUGACCCAUGGCACUAACUAACGACCGCUGGUAGUAGGAGUGUAAUAGGUGGGUACAGGUACCUUGUAACAAUGCCAGAAGUAAAUAACAUAACUGAACACUCUCUAAAGUGACAGGUCAUUAUGAUGGGUUGCCACCCCAUACACACAGGUAACAGCCUACUCAGCACCAUUAUGACAGGUCAUUAUGAUGGGUUGCCACCCCAUACACACAGGUAACAGCCUACUCACAGCACCAUUAUGACAGGUCAUUAUGAUGGGUUGCCACCCCAUACACACAGGUAACAGCCUACUCAGCACCAUUAUGACAGGUCAUUAUGACAGGUCGCCACCCCAUAAACACAGGUAACAGCCUACUCAGCACCAUUAUGACAGGUCAUUAUGAUGGGUUGCCACCCCAUACACACAGGUAACAGCCUACUCAGCACCAUUAUGACAGGUCAUUAAGCCCACAACUAACGCUGGUGGGAAUGACAGGUGUAUAGCAUGGAUGGCCAUAGAGACAAGCAGCCGUCGCGGUUGGAGAGACAAGGACUGAGAAGUGGAAGUGGACAACGAAAGAAAUUGACACAUAUGAGACGCUGUCAUAUCGGGAAGAAAUAAGAUGGAAUUGAAAGGAAAGAAAGACAAUGGGGUAGUGGGAUUAAAUAAAACGGAGGAUUAUAAUUGUUUCCAUGGAAGGAUAGUGCUAUGUAAUGAAUGUUGUAUAUAUAAUUAUACUUUACACGACUAUAUUUUGUAUUUUGUUUUAUUGAAAGUUGGGCUGCAAUUCUUUCCAUUGGCAAAUAGCGCUGUAAGGCCGGCCUCGGUGGUGUAGUGGUUAUUGGGUAGGUAUUGGGUUCGCCUCGCCACCGGGUAGAUGUAAGGCCACUGCACCGACUUCUCUCUCACUACAGUCGAGAUAGCAGAGGUGUGUGCCCAGUGUGUAACUGUGUAGGUUAAUCACCAUUUGUUGGCUGUGUGUGUUGCUUUAUCAACACGUCGGAUGUACAUGCUGGUAUGUUAAGAAUAAAGAGUCCUAUGAAGGUUGCCAUGUGUAGCAAUCAUGGUUUAUACGAAAACAUGUAUACAUUGGUUGCAGUGUUUUCUUCUCAGAUUAUAAAAUAUAAAUAUGUGAAUAAUAUAUACAUCUUUGUACCUGGAGUCUUUCGUGUACAGAUAAAUGAUUUUCUAUAUAUGCUGUUUUGUUGCCUCAAUAAAUUUAAAAUCGACA